AUCCAACACAAAUUGCUCUUAGGCUGAACUCUUAGAGCUGAAACAAUCUUCCCCAUGCUGAAAAUAGUAAUUGGGCUGUUCCCACUAACCAACCACAGCUCCUUCAGUUAGAGUCCGCACCGGCGUGAAUGCAAUUUCCAUGCAUUGUUUCAGUCUGGAAAUGAAACAAUUUUCAUUAAUGGAAACCUGGUUCUCAAGCAGAACAAUUAGACCCACUUCAGGUUGAAAAAAGAUAAAAGCAUGCUAAUUUGGAUGGAGGACUCUUCUUUCAAGGCAGCCAAUUGAGUCAUCAGCCAGCCACCCACCUGACUGUCUAACAGCAGCUACCUGAAGUUUCUGGCAGUAAAGCUGCCAUGGCAGACCUGGGCUGCAAAAAACCCAGCGACUGCACCGUCUCCAGGCUCCUCAGCGUAGUGGAGAGUGAACUCCGGGCUGGGAGAGACAAAGGCGACCCCACGGAGAAACAGCUCCAGGUUGUCUUGGAGGAUGCGACACUCUGGCAGAGAUUCAGGGAAGUCACUAAUGAGAUGAUUGUGACCAAGAAUGGCAGGCGGAUGUUCCCUGUUUUGAAGAUCAGCGUGUCAGGCUUGGAUCCGAAUGCCAUGUAUUCCUUCCUGCUGGACUUUGCUCCGACUGAUGGCCAUCGCUGGAAGUACGUCAAUGGAGAAUGGGUGCCAGCUGGGAAACCAGAGCCACCGAACCACAGCUGUGUCUACAUCCACCCAGACUCUCCCAACUUUGGGGCCCAUUGGAUGAAAGCUGCCAUUUCCUUCAGCAAAGUCAAACUUACCAACAAGCUCAAUGGGAGUGGGCAGAUAAUGCUGAACUCCCUGCACAAAUACGAGCCCCAGGUGCACAUAGUUCGCGUAGGAGGCCCCCACCGGAUGGUGAUGAACUGCUCCUUCCCUGAGACGCAGUUCAUAGCGGUGACUGCCUACCAGAACGAAGAGAUAACAGCUCUCAAAAUCAAGUAUAAUCCCUUUGCCAAAGCCUUCCUGGAUGCAAAGGAAAGAAGUCAUUCCAAGGAUGCUCCAGAGACAAUCUCUGAAGGUCAACAUAUGACAUAUUCUCACUUGGGUGGCUGGUUGAUUUCCAACCCAGAUCCAAUGUGUGCCUCGGGAAGCUCUAAUUACCAGUACAGCGGAGCUCUGCCUCUGCCUGCUCCGCAGGCUCCCCACAGCUGUGAGAGAUACUCAGCCCUGCGAGGCCAUCGGGCUGCUCCAUACCCACCCUCCUACAUGCAGAGGAAUCACUCCCCUACAGUUAACUUAUUGGACAGCUCCAGCAAUAAUCUUCAGGUAUUCUCAGGACACGACAGCUGGACUUUGCCAUCUUCUCCACACACUAAUUUGCUCUCAGUGCCACACACAAAGGGAGGUGCCAGCCCUGGACCCAGCCACUACCCUUGCCUGUGGACAGUGAGCAACAGCGCUGUAAAUGUUGCCAACCCAGGAAGUGAGGUGAACAGCAACCCUCCAAGUGUGUUUUUAAGGGGUAAUGUCCCCUUACCUGCUGCAUCAUCAGUGGAAAUCCCUCUGCAGGGAAUGGUGUCUGGCAGCAUGGAAGCACAAGGGGAAGGCACUCUCACCAGACUGACUGACUCUGCGUGGACAUCCUCACACUCCUUUUAAUGGACAGGCAGCUCCUGAGGGAAGCUCAGCCAAGCAAGACUGACACAAAUGGCACAUGAUCUCCAAGGAGUGCAGUGCAGAGAUGUAUGCAGGAAAAAGACUUCAUCACUUCCCAUCAUGUACCUUUUGUGUGCCAGCUAAGCCAAAAUGCAAAGGCAGGAAAUAUUAUAGGAACCAGCUUGUUACUGCAACUUUUAUGCUUCAUUCAGGAUAAUGUCCAGAAAUAAUCUUUUUAGUUAGCUUUGCUUCUAUAUCACAUUAAAAAUGGUCAGAGACAUGGGACUGAGUGAAGCAGACAUGGCAGCUGGAUACCCGCAUGUCAUUGUAGAAGUUCCUUCUGUAACUAACAGCCAAGUCCAGGGAAAAUUGUGACCAAGUUUGCAACUUGUCAUUUGAAGGGACAGCACUGUUUUAAAGGCUUUCUGAAUCUCUUACAUAGAGGCUUUCACAACACCCGAAACUAAACCCCUCAGGGGAUGAACAUCUGACAUCCUAAUCCCACCUGCAUACAGCAUUCUCUGUCCCCUUCCCUUCUUCAGCUGCUGUUUGCUGUGUGUGUGCCGUGGGGACAGUGGGCAGACUCAAAGUGCUCAAGUGGUCGCGUUGUAGCAGGAGGGUGAAGAGCAGCUAGUUUCGCAUUCUAGAGUCUGAUGUUACAGUCUUGGAAAUGGAAAGCUCCAGUGUUUCCAAUAUGUGCUAUUUUUGAAAGGGUGGAGGGAAAAUAAUUAUAGAAAAAAUGUUCAGCUUGCAUUUCCACUUUGCUUUAG